GCUUCUUUUACUAAUGGGACAAUUGACACAUGACGAGCUCGACGCGUUGAUCUGGGGUGGCGGUCGUUCGCAGCGGCCACCGACGGACGCCGCUCUAGAAGGGCUUGUCCGACGUCUCCAGGUGGUGUGGGUUGCGCGUGUGGUGACAUGGUUGGCCCAGACUUGGGUGGUUGAAGCGUGGUCCGCCGAAUCGACAAAAGCAACGGGCAUUCUCAUGCUUCUCUACGUGCUGAGUUACUUCCUGUAUGUGAGGGGUCGUCAAGCAUUGGUCAUCAAGCUGUUGGUCCUGUUGAGUCUUGUGGGGUUAGUCUCCGACAUUGUAAAGCCUGUCAUCCAAAUGGCAGCUGGGCAAAAUGGAGCGGCGAGUCCAUGGACGAUCGGCGGUCUCCUUGCACUCGUGUCCAUCUCGCUGUCCCUGGUCAUGCUGUGGUGCAAUGCUCGAAUCGUCCUGCGAUCCAUUGCCCCCAAGAAACAUUUGCACAAACACCAAUAACACCUACGAAUUACGACCAGUGUCUAUAACAUGCAUGAUACAGUACUACUCAUACCUUUUCGACUAUGAAUAUUUGGUUACUACGUAGUAAUCGUUGUCCU